UUUAAGUGACGGAGUCUCUCGCUUUUAUCUAUAGAGUCAGACGCUUUCCUAUGGCCAAUAAGCCUGGAAAAUGGCCCAAGGCACCGCCGAGGCUACGGCAGCAGCAGCAGCACCUGCAGCAAUGGGACGAACUGCUCACUUUCCAGCAUUUCCAGAAUACGUAUCUCUCCAGGCACAGCUACGGUUAUGGGCAAGGCAGCAUGAAAGCACUGAUAGAGAGUGAAUUCAGCAGAUUGAGAGGAACUACAUACCUUGACCAUGCAGGAACAACUCUGUUUCCACAAAGUCAGCUUACAAGGUUUAUGGAUGAUCUAACUAAAAAUAUUUAUGGUAAUCCUCAUAGUCAGCAUAUCAGCAGCAAACUCACUUAUGACACUAUUGAACAUGUGCGGUAUAGGGUCUUAGAACACUUCAAUACCACUUCUGAAGAUUACACUGUCAUUUUUACCUCGGGGAGCACAGCUGCACUGAAGCUGGUAGCAGAAGCCUUCCCAUGGAGACCAGCGAGCUCCGAUGAUGUAGGGAGCAGGUUUUCUUACCUAACAGACAGCCACACCUCCGUGGUGGGCAUGAGGAAGAUAACCGAGGCAAUGAAAGUGUCAUUAAUUUCCGUGAAACCAGAGAAUAUUUUGCUGUCAGAGGAAAGCAAUGGAGCAGUUUAUGAACCAGCCUGCAAGACCCCUCAUCUCUUUUGUUACCCAGCUCAGAGUAAUUUUUCAGGAACUCGGUACCCCCUUUCUUGGAUAGAAAUGCUGAAGUCUGGACGUUUGAGCCCCAUGAACGCUCCAGGGGAAUGGUUUGUGUUGCUCGAUGCAGCCUCCUAUGUCAGCACCUCUCCUUUAGAUCUGGCAGCCCAUCCAGCGGACUUUAUCCCCAUUUCAUUUUACAAGAUCUUUGGAUUCCCCACUGGCCUAGGAGCACUGUUAGUAAACAAUCGAGUUACUCACUUCCUCCGGAAAACUUACUUUGGUGGAGGAACAGCGGCUGCAUACCUUGCUGGAGAAGAUUUCUAUGUCCCCAGGGAAUCUGUCUCUGAAAGGUUUGAAGAUGGAACAGUCUCUUUCCUUGACAUUAUAGCAUUGAAGCAUGGAUUUGAUGUUCUGGGAAGACUGACAGGUGGAAUGGAAAACAUAAAACAGCAUACUUUUGCCUUGGCUCGCUACACCUACACAGUGCUGGUCACUCUCCAGUACCCAAAUGGAGCACCUGUGAUUCAGAUUUACAGUGAUACAGAGUUCAACAAUCCCGAGACCCAAGGGCCAAUCAUUAACUUUAAUGUGUUGGACGACAAUGGAGACAUCAUUGGUUAUUCUCAGAUAGAAAAAAUGGCCAGCCUUCAUAAUAUACACGUUCGGACUGGAUGUUUCUGUAAUACAGGGGCAUGUCAGAGGCACCUGAACAUCAGCAAUGAGGCCAUCAAAAAGAACCUUCAGGCUGGCCAUAUAUGUGGAGAUGACAUAGAUCUCAUUGAUGGUCACCCUACAGGCUCAGUGAGAAUAUCAUUUGGUUAUAUGUCCACUUUUGAAGAUGCACAGACCUUCCUGAAGUUCAUCAUAGCAACCAGGUUAGGUAAGGCAGACAGUAAACUUCUUCAGCUAAGUCCUGGGGAAACUGCUACCCUAUCAGCAGAACCUAUGGCACAAAAUACAAGGGUCAACGGGCAUGAAACUGGGGAAUUGCCUCAGGAAGAUGUCCUACAAGCUGAUCUGAACAAUUCCUCUGUGACUGCGAAAGCCAUGGAUUUGCAUCCCCCUGAGAUUGAACCAGGAGGUGGCCUACACAUGGCUCCAUUGACCUCUACAGCAGCACCAGAUGGAGGACUCCCACCACUUACCAUAACCAAUAUCUAUAUUUACCCCAUCAAAUCCUGUGCUGCCUUGGAGGUAUCCAAAUGGCCAAUUGGAAACCAAGGAUUGUUAUAUGACCGAAAUUGGAUGGUUGUGAAUCACAAUGGAGUUUGCCUCAGUCAGAAGCAGGAGCCUCGUCUGUGCUUAAUUAAACCCUUCAUAGAUCUGAAUCGAAAGACAAUGGUCAUCACAGCUGAAGGGAUGGAACCUAUAGAUGUACCUCUAGAUGAAAAUAGUGGAGAAGAGUAUCCAAUUUGUCAGAGCAAAGUCUGUGCAGACAGGGUAAAUACUUAUGAUUGUGGGGGAAAAAUUUCAGAUUGGUUGUCAACAUUUUUUGGUUGUCAUUGUCGUUUGAUCAAACAGAGUUCAAAUUUCCAAAGAAGUGGAAAUAAGAAACAUAGAAAAGAUCCAUCUCAUGCCACAACACCCUCCCUUUCUUUGGUAAAUGAAGCACAGUACCUCCUGAUAAAUAGAGCUAGUAUUUUGGAACUUCAUCAGCUGUUAAAUGCAAGUGAUGAAAAUGGAACAGAAGAACUAUUGUCAAUGAGAGAGCUAAUUCAGCGUUUCCGUGCCAACAUAGUUAUCAGUGGAACUAAGGCUUUUGAAGAAGAGAAAUGGGAUGAGAUUUCCACUGGCACCAUAAAUUUUCUGGUGUUGGGACCAUGUCACAGGUGCCAAAUGAUUUGCAUUGAUCAACAAACUGGACAAAGAAACCAAGAUGUAUUCCAAACACUUUCUGCUACUCGAGAGAGGAAGGUUAACUUUGGAAUAUACCUGAUGCAUGAGCCUUCAGACUCAUCUUCAACAUGUUUCCUCUCAGUGGGAUCACAGGUGCUUCCUGUGUUAAAAGAUACAGAAAACCACUCUUUACCAAGCUCUUGAGGAAUGGGUUGACUUCAGGACGAUAACAUUCAGGGCAACAUUUACAGGCACAAGUUGAGUCUUUCCCAGCUGACUCCAUCAUCCUCAUUACAACUUGCAAAUCACCCACGAAAACAUACUGUCAACUUAGUUCUUCAAAAAGUGCUCUUAAGGAGAAAAUGGGCUGGUCUCCUCCUACAAAGAGUAGGAACUUGAGGCUGUAUUUACCCUUUUUGCUCUCCUGAAUGAAACCCCAACAAUAUCCAAAAUAGAUCUGUGCUGGUAGAGUAGGAGAAUGAGAUAGAGAAGAGAAUUAGGCUAAAUAUUCCAUGUAAUUUGAGGUUAUUCAAAACAGUCACUUGUUCAAAUGCAAAUAUGUAUUUCACUGUAUUAUAUUUUGAAACAAGCAAGUUUAGUAAAGUACUUGGGAUAUUUUAAUUCAUAUUUUUGUUGAUACCAGGACAUUUUUUUGCACAUUGUUCUAUUUUUAUGCCUUAGGAAGAAUGUGGGGACUCUUCUUUCACCACCAUUUCCUUGCUAUGAAGGACAGUGGUAAGUGCCUACCUGGGCGGAGAGGAUAGGAAGAUUGCACCUAACCUGCUUCUGUAUUUUCUAUUGCAGGCAGAGGUGUAUCCCUUUGUAUGAGGGGAUUAUCAGCAGCUAAAUUCUUAGCUUCACAGCAACAAGCACUGAAGUCCAACUCAGAGCAUCAUGUUUUUGUUUAGUGCCCCAGUGGAGCCAGUAAGCAAAUCAAAGAGUUCUUUUUAUGACUUUCCUUAUUCUUUGCCAUAUUCCAAACGUAAGUCACAUUCCUAAGUACUCAUAAGUCUGUGUACCUGCUGUAGUUACACAGAGGAUUGUAGGUUCUGCACAAAGAAAGGACCGAAUCUACUGACCAGAGAGGAUAUUGGAAUUGAAGGGGACCUUGGAUAGCCAUCUGGUCCAAAUCUCCUCUAGUUCAGUAAUUCCCUCUAUGCCAUCCCUGGCAGAUGGCUGUAUAACCUCUACUUAAAUACUUAUGCUUUGCAAGGAAGGAACCUUGUUCCUUUGUUAGACAGGUCUAAUAUUUAGAAAAUUCUCAUGCUGAGUUGGAAUGUCUUCCUGUAAUUCCUUCCCAUUAGCCUUAGUCCUGACCUCCUAAGGAACACAGCCCAAAGCAAAUUCUUUUUCAACUUUUAUUGACUGGAGAUGAACAAAACUUAGUCACUCUAGCCUUUCCCAUUUCUAAACCAUCCUAUGCCUAUUAUAUUAAUCUUCCCAAAACUAUUUUCAGCAUGUUACUCCCCCCUCAAGGACCAACAAUGGCUUCCUAGUGCCUAUCAUGUCAAGUGCAAACGCCUUUACUUUUUUGUCUUAAAGACUCUUCAUAACCAGAUUCAAUUUAUUGCCUUUUGCAAAUUGUAAUUAAAUCUUUAACACACAAAAUUAUAUUCAAAUCUUGGCAAUAUAGAGUCUUCCUUGCUAAGAGUACUUUUCAGUCUUCUCUUUAUGUAUUUUGUAUCUAAGUGCUUGCAUGCCUGUGUGUGUGUAUAUGUGUGUGUGUAUUGUCUCCCUCCUCUCCCCCCAUUAGAAUGGAAACUCUUUGAGGGUAGGUACUG